AUGCUGGGAAGACCACACCGCCACCACGCACCAGACGUAUCCAGCCCGGUCCUUCACUAUACAAAUGCAGUGCAGCGGAACGACUUACAGACUCUCGCCGCGACCACCAUGGGCGAUCAAAAUGCUUCAGACCCCCGAACUAUAUCACUCUUGGGUUUGCAGCGUCCCAGAACCUCAGAGGGCCGCGACAGACGCCCAAACCUGCGGAUAGCCAUUCCAUCGAUGGACGACCUGCCACUACCUCCCGUCAUUCAUGACGGCGGUUAUGAGUCUGACGGGAGUAACCUAAUUGGCAUCGCAUUGGGAAGCCCCCGCCUCGUCCAUCGGAGAAACGGCGCCCAGGCAGAACAACAGCACCACCAAUCCGAAAAGCGACGCUACCACCCGGCCCUCGAAAAGCCCAAGCGCCCCCUUCAGCGCAAACCCAGCAAAUGGCGCAAAAUCGGCGGCCUAUUCAAGCACAAGAACGCCGCCCCAAACCAGGUUCGCAACCACAAGCACAAGCCCCCGGGAUGCGGAGGCGAGCCCGAUUCAGGCGUCGAGGACAAGGGUAAUUGUUUCGGGGGUCCAACGGGUGGAAAAAUCAAGUCAUGUCUAGAGGCUAAACGGAAAUUUAAAGCAGAGAACGCAAGUUCACACGCGAGCGCGAACGCAAAGUCGGCAGCCAAGGGUGAUGAUGGGUCUAAGGGAGAUGAUUCGGCGCCUAUGCUAGAGGUUGAGAUUCCCGAUGCGCAGAUGGAGAGGUAUAGUGUUAUGUUUGGGGGGUUGUUUGGGCAGGGAAAGGCGAGGAGGAGUAAAACUAUGGAUGAGGUGAUUGCGUCGUCGAGGAUAAAUGGAUCUCCAGAUACUCAACGACCCAGACGAACUACUUCCCCAACACGAUCCAGAACACCAAGUUUCUCUCUGUUUCCAACAACGCAAGUCAGCAAAGCAUCAAAAGUCUUGGGCACAUCAAACAUCCCCCGCGGACCGAGUCCAUUAGCCAGGAGCCAGACCUCACCAGCAGGCCAAGAGCAAGAAUCCCUCUUAAACGCUCAUAGCCCCUUGCCGUCGCCAAUGUCAUUCAAAUCACGAGCCUCCGAAGUCUCAUCCAACAUCGCGUCCAACGGUCCAGAAAAAAGAGUCUCUAUCAACAUCGGCAAAGACACAGUCUUCAAAGACACCAACCCCUUCUCAGACAACGACAACGACCACAACCAAAAACCACAAAAACAAUUUUCUAUUAACACAGAUCUCGAACCUCACUCCCCCAAUACCCACAAUCCCUCCACAGCAUCCUCCCCCGUCCUCUCCCCGCUCGAUGCAACCCGCGACAAAAUCAACAGCAUCCUCUCCCCAGCAUCAACGCCAAAAGAUGACAACGAAAACAACAACGAAAACACAAACAAAAUCGACCUCAAAGCCGAAAGUCAAGACCCCGAACCAGAAAACGACAUAGAAAACAUCCCUAAAAUCGAAAUCUCAGUCGCGCGAUCUGUCUCCGUCUCCAAGAGCAAGAAGAAACAAAUUCUCGUUCCUAUCGGGCCCAGGAAUGACCGUUUGACGCCUGAUGGGCUUGGGGUCAGUGAGAGGAAAGGGAAGACGCCGCAGAUUAUGGAUGGGUAUUUUGGACAUCGGCCGGGGACGUCGCAGGAUGUGAGGAUUGAGAGUGUUUUGAGUGCUUGA